GGGCCCGUGAGGUUUAUUGGAGACCCCCUGAGGUGAUUUGGGGCCCCCCUGAGGUGAUUUGGGGCCCCCCGAGGUGACACCGGGCCCCCCCCUGAGGUGAAACCGGCCCCCCCCGGGCCUCAGCCCCUCAGGCCGGGCGCUGCCGCCUUCCCCUCACGGCCCGGGCCCGUCCCUGGCUGCGGGAGCGGCCCCGAGCCCGCUGCUGGAUCUUGGGACGCGGCCGGGGGCUCCCCUGCGAGGGCAGGGCCGGGCUGUGUUGGAUUUCGGGCUUUUAAAGGGAAAUUUCCAGUCGCUGUGAGAGCCGGUGUGGAGAUCCCACGGUGACUGCUGCUCUGUAAAUAACUACAAUGGGUUUAACACAUGCCCCGGCUGAAAGGCGCUGCUGAGCAGCUGUGUACCUGGGGAAUGCUGCAGACAGGAACUUUCCUCAGUUCUCAGGCACGAAGAAAUCCUGCAUUGACUGGAACAGAUAAGAUGGCUGCUCUUGAGAAACACCCAGACCUGAGGCUCCAGCAGAACAGUCCCUCGGCUCCCAGCCCCACUCAGAAGAGUCAUUUCUCAGAGACUGACUGGAAGACGCCGAUGUUGUCUGUGAAGUUCCAGAGCCGCAUCAGUCGCUGCUCGAGUGUGGCCGACAGCGGGGAUGCGGGCAUUGGGACCUCCUGCUCAGACAGCACGGAAGAUUUCUGCAAUUCCAGUAACGGUUCCUCAUUCCAGCCCAUCAAAACCCAAGUGACCAUCCCGACAGCCCAUGUUAUGCCAUCCACGUUGGGUGCCUCACCCUCCAAGCUGGGCUUGGCAGGAGAGCAGAGCUGUUCGCAGAGUGCUUCCAAAACUGCUCUGCCAGGUUCGGCUUCUGAACACGCAGGACUCAUGAGAAACGGAGACUUCAAUGCCGGGAAGUCAUCUCAGGUGCCGCCCAGGGAUCUCUUGCGUCUCUACGGGACUUCAGGGGAAAAUGGUUUUGAGCAAUCCUGGCAUCCUGUUUCUGAUCACAUGAGAACAGAAGAUACUUGGAAGUUUGACACCCCUGCCAUUGAGCGCACCCUUAACCAGUCUGUCUUGCUGGAUAGUUUGUGCGCUGACCCUCUCCACAGGUUUCAGAAGUUCAAUCCAAACCCCGGGGCAGCUGAAGCAGGGAAGGAACAUUAUAAGGUGCUGCCAGAGAGCAAGCAGGCUGCAGGGGCUAAUGGAGCCUGCGAAACCCAGGAUGGAACGUGGCCAAGUGGCAGCAGGCUGAUGCCAACGGGACUCCAGGCUAACAAUUUCUUUUCAAAACCAGUAACUCCUGCAUCUCGGGCAUGGAUGCAAGACACCUGCACGCUACAUCCACAUGAGAGGGUCUGCGAGCUCAGUGCUUGGAAACAACAGCUGGAGAAUGUGCGGUUGCAAAUAGAGCAAAUGCAGUUGCAAAAUGGAGGUGCCUGCCACCACCCCGCGAUGUUUUCUCCUUCGCUACCUACUCCCGAUCCAGCCCAGUGGAUCAAUAUCCUGAACUCCAAUGAAAACCUGCUCAAGGAGAAAGAGCUCCUCAUUGACAGGCAAAGACAGCACAUAUCCCAGCUGGAGCAGAAGGUCCGGGAAAGUGAACUGCAGGUUCAUAGUGCCCUGCUUGGCUGUGCAGCGCCCUAUGGAGAUGUCUACAUGUUGAGAAUGCAGGAGCUGCAACGGGAGAACACGUUUCUCCGAGCACAGUUCACAGAGAAGACUGAAUCCCUCAGUAAGGAAAAGAUUGAAUUGGAGAGAAAACUGGCUGCUGCAGAGGUGGAUGCAAAGCUGAUCCGGGAAACACUGAAGGAAACUAUGCAGAAACAUGCAGAGGAGUUAAAGAAGCAGGAGGAAAGGAUAAAGGGGAGAGACAAACACAUUAAUAAUCUUAAAAAGAAAUGCCAGAAGGAAUCGGAACAAAACAAGGAGAGGCAACAGAGAAUUGAGACCCUGGAACGAUACCUGGCUGAUCUGCCAACUCUUGAGGACCACCAGAAGCAGAAUCAGAAGCUAAAGGAAUGUGAGCUGAAGAGUACUGCUCUGCAAGAAACAGUGCUGGCACUGGAAACAGAGCUUGGAGAUGUCCGGGCUGCAUUCAGGGAGCAAGAGGUGCAGCUGGAAACCCAAAAACACAAGGAACUGGAACUUCUUUCUACUGUGCGCAGCUUGCAGGACAAGGUGCAGCAGUGUGUAAAGAAUGUGGAGAGAGGACCUGCACAGGAUGGGGACAAACAACAGAAGAUAGAAAAUGACUCUCUGAAGAAAGAAUGUGACUGUCUCAAGAAGAUUGUGGACAAACAGCAGAAAAAGAUGGAGCAGUUGUCUUUGAAAGUAAAGAACCUGGAAGAACAGGUGGCCCAGGAAGAGGGGACAAGCCAAGCUCUGAAAGAGGAGGCAAUGAGAAGGGAAAAUGCACUGCAGCAGCUCCGGACUGCUGUGAAAGAGCUUUCAGUGCAGAACCAGGACCUCAUUGAGAAGAACCUGACCCUUCAGGAGCGACUGAGGCAGGCAGAGCUAACGGCUCAGCCCCUGCCUGCUGAGACAGCCCACCUUGCCCAGGAGCUGCACACUGAGCUGGCCAGCUGCCUGCAGGAUUUGCAGUCUGUCUACAGCAUUGUCACUCAGAGGGCGCAGGGCAAGGAUCCCAAUCUCUCCCUGCUCCUGGGUAUUCGAUCUGCACAGUACUCAGCCAAGGAGAAGGAUGACCUGCUGAGUCCCGAUGUGCUUGCGAAAAAACUGGUGGAGGUAAAACAGCUUCACAAAGAGGUGGAGGACUUAAGGACGGCGAUAUCUGACAGAUAUGCUCAGGACAUGGGAGACAACUGCAUCACUCAGUAAAGAACUCUCCCCAAAGUAAGACAGGAAAUGAAGACUUGAAACUCUCGGGAGACUAGAGCUCCUGCAACCGAAAACCUAUUCAGCACUUUACCAUCCCUAUGCUUGGGUACAAGACGUGGCUUAUCCAUGAGAAAUCAGGGGGGUUGUUGCCAGAAGUGUUGAGCUGCUGACUGGCCAACUGGAAUCAUUCAGGGCUUCGGUGUCGGGCUUUGCAGUAGCUUUGAUCUUGUGGAAUGUGUUUGUGCUGUAUUUGCUGGAGCUGGUGUGGUCUCUGACUCUGGGAGAUGAGUUCUGAAUAGCCUUCCAGGCAUGUCAAACGCUGAACAUGCAAAUGUGACAGUUAAAACCAACACUAAAAGGAAACAGAUGCCCUGGUCUUUCUGAUAAAUUCUCUGUGCAGAUCCUGUGCAACUUGUAAGACCGGAGUAUUAUCAGGGUGUUUGGGGGAAUUCUGGAUUUCGUAGGCAGGCAGGUGUGCUAGUUAUACCACUGCUAAUUACACCAAGGUGCUACAGGCUUCUCAGAUGCUCUGUGUGCAGUUCUGGCUCGGAUACUUGUGUAGCCACGCGUGGAACAGGACCUGCUUUGCUCAGGUAGAUGCAACCAGAGUCUUCUGGUAGCCAGCAGAAGUUAGGGAAUAAAGCAACACUACAAAAAGACUCCAAAUGCUCCCCCCAAGCCCUGUUACCCCCAGAAGCCUUAAGCCUUUUAUCCCCUUGAGAUGGCACUCUUGAGUGUGAGUAUGAUUCAGCCUGAGGAAGCAGAUUGAUGCUGAAGUGCCUUAAUGUGCUGGAGAAACUUCCUGUCCACGCGCUGCCCUGUGCCUAAUGCAUCUGCUGGCAGGGCAAGGAGUGGCUGUUCCUGAAAGCAGCCUUCAGAGCCAUCACAAACCAUCCUGCAGAGCCUUGAAUGUACACAGCCCCUGCCGGGGGGCCCUGCUGCAGGCCAGUGGGGAGACACCUCUGCUUGGGUCUCUGCUCGUUAGGGAGAAAGCCAUUCCGGUCCUGAGAGGCAGCAGGAUUGUACAGCUGGGUCUGAGAGCUCUUCCUGAUCCUGGAGAGGCUCUGACUUUGUUCUAGUGCCCCUGGUUCUCUGGUUGCUCCCCACUCCCCUCCUAAAUAAUUGGAUUUCUAAAUAAAUCAGCGUGGGCUGCGGCUCACUUUGUCACAGCCUCCUGAAUCCGAGUGGCAACUUCUCAGUACUGAGUGUUGGCUGAGGCAACGCUGCGGUGCUGAGGGUGAAACUUGGUUUGGUUGCCACCUCACUCUUGACUCAGAAGCUAAGAGACAGUGAUAAAACAGGGGAAAAAUGUUGCUGAAACUUCUGCCCACUCAGAUGUUCUUGGUUCCUGUUGGGGCUCUGAGCCCCACCUUUAGGAGAAAUGUUGUUGUUAUUCCUUUGAGUUAAAAGUUGAGACCAAAUCUGUUUUGUUCUUGGAGCUGGGCCACCGGGGGUGAUGAAUUGGUGGGUAUGCCAUCCCGCAGCACAGCUUGGGGAGCUUCCAGCAGCUGAUGCGUUACACUUCUGGCUGUGUCUGUCCCCAGGCUGCUGAUGCCACGUCCUGAGCUAACUGGGGGCCAAGGCUGGUUCCUGAAGUCACUUGUCCUGGCUGCUGGGAGCUCUGGAGGCACAGGAGGCAGAGCAGUGCCAGCUCUGCAGCCUACACUGUGCUCAUGUUCUUGGGGUGCAGGCAGGAGAUUUAAUUCCCAAGUGCUGCAACUGGGAUCACAGCACAGGAACCUCAUCUCAGCCCCUGCUCGCAGCCUCACAUCAGGCCCUGUGGCUGGGCUGGCUGCAUCAGCUCAGGCCCCUUCCCCAAGCCCUGGCUUUUGUGUCGCUCAGGUCGUGUUAUUCCCUUUGGGGAUAAGAGAUGCCCGUGUCGUUACCCUGCAAAACUGGACUGUGGCUUAAAACGGUGAUUCCUGUUCAUGUCUGUGUGCCUGCCAGCCCUCAGGUGGGGGAAAUGUUGGAUUUGCACAGCACCCAGGGCCGGGGCAGCAGGACCACGUCCCUCACCUUACCCCGUUGCCUGUGCGUUGCGGUGGUGUCGGGUCGAGCACGGGCAUGUUUAUACGAGCAUUUGUCUUACCCACUUGUUUGUAUUUUUGUGUCUAAAAUAAAGCUGCUCUGCUCCACUCGU